CACCAUAAGAUUCAAGGAUGGAGAUCUCAAGAACCUCAUUGGCAGUGAUAAUUAUCUCGGUAGCUUCUUGUUUAUUACAGGUCAAGGCUUGGCAUGGUCAGACUUAUUGUGGUGGCAACGCACAUCCUCGAUGCCAGCUCCAGUACAUCGACUGUCCUGAUGAGUGCCCGACCGACUUUGAUUCUUACUCUCAGAAGAAACUUUGCUGGGUUGACUGUUUUAAUCCUCUUUGCAUGGCCGUGUGUCGCGGGGUAAAGCCCAACUGCGAAUCCUAUGGAGCGGUUUGUCUAGACCCGAGGUUUAUAGGUGGUGAUGGUAUUGUGUUCUACUUCCAUGGAAAGAGCAAUGAACACUUCAGCCUCGUAUCUGACCAUGAUGUUCAGAUCAAUGCUAGGUUCACUGGACAUAGACCCGUUGGUCGCAGCAGAGAUUUCACAUGGAUCCAAGCUCUCGGCUUCCUCUUCAACACCCACAAGUUCUCACUUGAGACCACCAAAGUCGCCACUUGGGACAGCGAAGUCGACCAUCUCAUGUUCACUAUUGAUGGACAAGAUUUGGUUAUCCCUGAAAAACCUUUAUUCACUUGGUACUCAUCCGACAAAGAGAUCAAGAUUGAGAGACUUACCCAAAAGAACAGUGUGAUUGUCACGAUCAAAGACAAAACUGAGAUCAUGGUCAAAGUGGUUCCAGUGACCAAAGAAGACGAUAGAAUCCACAACUACAAACUACCUAAAGAUGACUGUUUUGCCCAUUUUGAAGUCCAGUUCAAGUUCAUAAAUCUGUCCCCGAAAGUUGAUGGAAUCUUGGGACGCACCUACAGACCCGAUUUCAAGAAUCCGGCUAAGCCAGGAGUCGCAAUGCCAGUGGUGGGAGGUGAGGAUAGCUUCAGGACAUCUUCUCUGCUCUCUCAUGAUUGCAAGACUUGUUUAUUUUCUGAAGAAAUGGCUGUUGAUAGUGGCUCUGUCAAGGUGAAAAGCGACUACACAUUGUUAGAUUGCACCCGCGGGGCGUCUUCGGGUUAUGGAAUCGUCUGCCGGAAGUAGUUAACGUCCAAACUUAAUUUGCAAAGACAAUGAAAAAGAUCAUAGUAAAAAAGAAGUACUAUAAGUUGCUUUAUUUUGUGUAAUACUAUAUUAUGUGAUAAUUUUGUUCCUUCGUCAAAAUAAGAAGAGUACUAAGCUAACU